UAUGUGAUCUUUCCAAGAAUCCAACGAACACCAGAGGUCAUUUUCUGAGAAGGUCGAGACCCAAUAUCAGUCAGUAGAGGUUUCAUGGAAAACGCAGUUGUUUCUCUCGAAAAAUAUCGCCAUAGCGUACUGAACCAAGGCCCCAAGUCGUUAAAAACCAAGGUGUAUGGUGCAAGCACAUACAUCCAAACUGCCGCCAUUUUGUAAAACGACCACAACUUUUUAAUCACCAGGGUAGAGAGGGGAACAGAAGUUGCCUACUACUGUAAACACAGGUAUGGUUUUUAUCUCUCCUGUCAGGAUGUCGAAUACACAAGGACGCACAGUCGUGACAAGGGUGAUUCCAAUCCCCAAAGACAAAGUUGGACUUGUCAUAGGAAGGAAAGGAUCAAGAAUAAGAGAAAUCAGAGAGCAAACCGGAGUCCAGCUAUCAAUUAAUAAAGAAAAUCAAGCGCUCGUGAGAGGCACGGCAGAACAAUGUCAAAAUGCGGAAAAGAUAAUAAAGGAAAUCGUGACGGGUGCUCAAGACAGCGAAAAAGGCGGGUUUAAGAAACUCCACGUUGACAUACCUGACAAAUUCAUGGGCGUCGUCAUCGGAAAAGGGUAUGAGAAGUUGAACAAUAUCUCAACUAGGACUGGCGUAACUCUAAAAGCCUUCAGGGGCAGCCCUGGCCUGUACUUCAAAGGAUCAAGAGAGGACGAAAAAAAAGCGAUACGACAAAUAAAGGCCAUUGUGAAUCUUGCUAUGAAACGUUCACAGAACGUUGAACCUCCAGCAAGGUUUGUUUACAUGGACACAGCUCAGAUGGAAGAAAACCACGAGUUUGAGUUGCAGAAGUUACAAUCAGAUCAAGUCACUGGCUCUGGAAAUAAUUACUUCAAACUGAAGCUACUGGAACAUCCUCUAGGAAAGGAAACAGAUGAUUUUGCUGACACGGAAAGUCUGAAAGAAAAGAUCCGCAGAGUUUUAUGGCAAAUUCACAAAGAGAAGGAGGAAGAGGGUAUGGUUAAGAUAGACAUGUGGAGUCAUUUCGGCCACGCCUAUAUAACCAAGAUUGAUGAAGAUGAAGAGAAAGACACUUUUACUCUGAAGGAGAUCAAAGAAAGAGUUGAAUCUACGGAUGGUAAGAGUUGGAAGCCGAUCUUCAAGGAAGGCGUCUUGAGAAUAGAAGUUGAGGCAAUUGAGAGGGGCCUUGAAUCUUUCUCAGCAACUGAAGAUAUCAGAUAUGACUUCACAUUCUACACUCCUUCUUGCCGAGAUAUUCGUGUUAAGGCAUGGCUGGUGGAGGAACAUUCUGAGGACGAGGGUGCUACAGCUCCUUCGCUUAUGUUCUCUCGCAGUGCUCCUAUUCCUGUCAAAAACGUCUUGACUCGUGUGUCAUCCGAAGACCAGAGCGGAAGUACAUCGAACGAACCAUGCUUUCAUAUGUGCUCUCAGUUUCAACAAAGAAUGAGAGCAGACAUCAUGAUACCUUCCAAGGGAUUUGACUGCCGUUUGUCGAUUAGAACAUGUCCAAAUAUUCCGCAAACACCAGAAGCUGAAGAAGAAGACAGAAUUCUUGAAAGUUACUUGAUUAACAUGAAGAUUGAUCAAGGGCAACUGAAGUUACCACCAAGCUCCGAGCUUCCAGGUGGAUUUGAACUUUUCUACCACCGUCGCAGUCUGAGAAGAACAUACCAGUGCAAAACAACGGAUGGAGAACAGUUUUCUUUGACUGUUUGUAAAGACCAAGCUAAAGACGUAAAUAUUGAUCACAGUGAUGUAUGGAGCUUCGACGAAACAGAAGUAAAGACGGACAUUCAUCUGCAUUGUAAGGAAUGGGAUGACGCUUUUGAUGAAGGAGACUGGGAACCGGAGCAGAUCGUUGCCAAGCUACCGACGUUCCUAAAAUUUCUGAGACAAGUUCAGUCACACGUGGCCCCACAUGAAGAGGCUAUUAGAGACGAAUUUUAGCAAAAGCAACUGAAGAGCAGGACUAAAUCUAUGAUACGCAUAGAGAUCAAUAACUAAAAUGUGAUAGAUUAAUGUGAAUGCUGUUCAAUCCACGGCUUAACUAAGAAGACGUCAUUACUAUCCUGCGCAGCACGCGCUUGGUGCAAGGAUGCAACAGCGCAACUUUGGGCGCCUGAUGGACGGUGGAAAACUCAUUUUCUUUAAAUUUGUAAAUACAAAAAAAAUAACUGAAAUUAAUAGCAAGAAAGGCUAUGCUUUUUUAGGAGAGAGCAUUUACAGUGAUGAGAGAGGUCAUCUAGUCACACGACUGAUCUUGAGAAAGAAACUUUGUUUAUCUUUCCUGUAGUACCUGCGUCGCCGUUUCUAAUUUGAUUUUAGUGAAUGUACACAUCCUAUUUUAGAAUGUGAAAAUCUUAACUGCAUUUAAUUGCACCAUCGAAGCUUGAUGUUUUGAGAAAGAGUUUAUACAAGGUGUGUGCCACCCUGACGUGGUUUGUAUAACGGCCCUGUUGAAAACUAAAUACAAUGAACAGCAUAAAGAACAAAAAACCAAAAAAACAGCAUAUGAUAAAAACCUACAUCAGAAGUAUUGUCGGCUCCUUACGACCAACUUUCGCGUGAGCAGCUUUUUUUUUUUUCGCGUGAGCAGCUUUUCAUCCAGGGUUACUUGAUUUUUAUUAAAACUGCUUGAUUAAAAAAGCUGUUGGAAGUUUUGUAAAAAAUUUAUCCCCAUCUGGCCACACCUGGGUUGUGCUAAAACUUUCAGGGUUUGAUUUUUAAUAAUUUUAGUUUAAAGUAGAGUUUGUCAUUAAUCCUCAUAUAAAUGAGAACAAUCUUUUUGGAAGCGUUUGUACAAUUUAAAAUCAAUUGCUUACAAGAAUUACAAGUUCUUUUUUUAAUUAAUGUACCUGUUACACAUUUCGCAUUUGCGAAAAACUAUUGGCUGUGACCAUAAUGUACACACAGAUGUGUCUUUCAUCGUUUUAUUCAAGAAUAAUUAUUCAAACUUUAAGUCAACAUUGUAUUGUUCAUUGUCCAUGUUGUUAUAAUUGUUUUUCCUUUAUACGUCCAUUAGUUUAGUGGUGAUAAUAAUACGGACAUUACACUGAAGAACCAGCAGUAAAGUCAUGUACGAUCCCUUGCUUAAAAAACACUUUAUCAUUAAACCGAUCCAUUUGUCAA